CAAUAGAAGAGACAAGCCAGCUACAAUGAAGAAGACAGGCAGAGCCCCAGACACAGGAACUCUGGGAAGGAGCAGAACUCUGAUACACUGAGGGGCUACCAGCUGGUUUCCAAAGGAGCUGUGUCCUUCUGCAACCCGACCCUAGUGCAGGAGAGCUCAGCUUCACCAUCCCUUCACCACCUCCUGUGACUGCCUGCCUUGGCUGUAGCCAUCUACAAGGGUCGGAUUAAAAGAAGGGGGAAAAAGACCAACUGAUUGAAAACAGAUUCCUGGGGAGGAAGUAUUCCAGGCUGGCGUGAGACAACUGCCUGCCUGCACCCUCUGGCCCCAUCCCACCCAUUCCCCAGCCCUGACGCAAGGCUGGCUGGAGCAAGGCUUUCUUCCUGGCUCCGUUUUCAAGCCAAGGGCCCUGCUGGCAGGAGAUGAAGCUUCUGCCAUCCUUGCCUGCCUGGGUGCCGAGCCUGCACCAAACUUCAAACACGGACAGUCAGACUACAGGCCCUUGACCAUGCUAACUGCUCCCAUUGACCUUGACUUCUCACCCUAGAGGGAUUGUUCCUGUUUCUCAGGUUUGAAGCUGGCUCCACAAGGGACACGGUGACAUGAGGGGCACCCCACUGACCCAUCUUCUGACCAUCUCCUUCCUCUGCCUACUCUCGAUGGUGUGUGCCCAGCUAUGUCCGACAUCGUGUACCUGUCCCUGGACACCACCCCAGUGCCCACUGGGGGUGCCCCUGGUGCUGGAUGGCUGUGGCUGCUGUCAAGUGUGUGCACGGCGGCUGGGGGAGUCCUGUGACCAGCUACAUGUCUGUGAUCCCAGCCAGGGCCUAGUUUGUCAGCCUGGGGCAGGCCCUGGUGGCCGUGAAACCAUGUGCCUCUUGGAAGAGGAGGACGGAAGCUGUGAGGUGAAUGGCCACAGGUACCUGGAUGGGGAGACCUUUCAGCCCAAUUGCAGGGUCCUCUGCCGCUGUGACGAUGGUGGCUUCACCUGCCUGCCACUGUGCAGUGAGGAUGUGCGGCUGCCCAGCUGGGACUGUCCACACCCCAGGAGAGUAGAGGUGCCUGGUAGGUGCUGUCCUGAGUGGGUGUGUGACCAGAGAGUGAUGCCAAGGAUCCAGCGUUACACGGCACAAGGACACCAACUUUCCGCCCUUGUCACUCCAGCAUCCGCUGAUGUGCCCUGUCCAAAUUGGAGCACAGCCUGGGGCCCCUGCUCAACCACCUGUGGGCUGGGCAUAGCCACCCGAGUAUCCAACCAGAAUCAGUUCUGCCAACUGGAGAUCCAGCGCCGCCUGUGUCUGCCCAGACCCUGCCUGGCAGGCAGGGGUCGAAGCUCAUGGAACAGUGCCUUCUAGAACCAACUGGGGAUGGAGAUGAAGAGGCUGCCACUCUCAGCAGGGGCCCCUAGGACCAGGCCCUGGACUGAUGGUCAGGGCACUGAGGGAUGCCUGCUGUCUCUGAAGUAGGGGUAGCAUAUGACCAGCUCCGUUUCUCUAAUUCAGCCUGGGAUUCUGACCAGGCAUCUGGGUCCUCCUGGCUAGUUCCUUAUCAAAAAUGCACAUGGGACAGCUUUCUCUCCAAACUUCCCUCUACGAAAAGGACCAUUGAAAGAACUUUUAAAGCUAAGCUGUGCUGGACAAGCCUAGCCAUCACGCUUGGGACAAUGGGGUGAGGGGUUACCAGGCAGCAGAUGGCCUGAAACUCCCAAUUCCCUUCUUGGACUUCUGUGCACUCAUCCCCAAAGUCAAGAUUAUGGGUGGACUCGUGAGUCUGGCUUCCCUAGUCUGAGAAUACCCUGCCUGCCCAGGAAGAAAUCAGUGGAGAAUUCUCUGUGAACAUGAAGAGAUGAAAUCAUGCUGUCCCAAGGAGCAUCAGCAAGGUCCAUGGACUUCACUUUGUAUUUGUAAAAACAUGCAUUUCUUAAGCACUUGAAAAGGAGGAGGUUCACAGCUCCACACUUCUGGUGUCCUGUG